AUGUCAUCCAAGAAGCAGACUGAUGUGAGUGGUGGGGACAGGCAGCCCGAAGAGACUCCCACAUUUUGGUCGUUGGAGAACCUGAAGGUUGCACAAGUGCAGGUGGUUGGUGGAACACUGAACGGAUUCUCAAUUGGCUUUGUUGCCGUGUAUGCUUAUUUCUACCUGAUGUCCACGGACUGCUCGAUGUACAAGAAGGAGGUGGCUUGCAACAGGGUAUUGAACGCGGAGUGUUCUUGGAGCAAAACACGUGGGGAAUGCGGCUGGAACGGCUUUACCUGCUUUUGGGGGUACGGUAAGGAUAAGGCUGCAUGCCUUGCGGACAGCAGGUGCAAGUGGGUGUACAGCGACGAAGAGUGCAAGAAUCCGACUGGCUACAGCUCGUCCUAUAACGGCAUCUUUGCUGGUGCAAUGAUUGUUGGCGCAAUGAUUGGGUCGAUCUAUGCCGGGCAGUUUGCCGCGAAGUUUGGUCACAAGGUGUCGUUCCUGAUCGUCGGCAUCGUUGGCGUUGUGUCAUCCGUGAUGUACCAUGUGUCUUCGGCAACGAAUGAGUUUUGGGUGCUGUGCGUUGGUCGUCUACUGAUAGGUGUUGUACUCGGUCUUGUGAACGUUGCAUGCCCCAUGUAUGUCGACCAGAACGCCCACCCGAAGUUCCUUCACGUGGACGGUGUUCUGUUUCAGGUGUUCACCA